UUUGGGGAACCCACUCUAAGCUCUAAUAAACUAAACAAUUUAAUGAGUUUCUUCAAAAGAAAAGGCGAAAUAAUGCAAUUUUCCCUAUAGAGUUAAAACCAGUUAAUAAAAGAAUAAUGGCGACCGCCUUGGAAAGCACUUCCCCAGAAAAAGCGUGGGUGGAAUUCUGCGAGAGGCACGCGACCGCCGCGGCCCAAGAUUUCUCGAAAAGUUGUCACAACUACAUAAAUAUUUGUUUGCCGGAGAACGCCAGGACUUUGGUGAACCACAAGGACCUUAUGAAGAAGUUUAUCGAGUUUUUCACUGAGGAGUUCGACAGGGAUUUCAAUAGGAGAAGAUUAGGAGGCAACAAGUGCCUCAAUGGGAUGUCAGGGGGUACUGCUGAGGACAAUUUUGAUACAGAGGACGGCAGCCCCAAAAUGGCACCAAAACCCUUCUUUAGAAGAUUAAGUUUUAAAAUGCUUAGAAAAAGCAAAGACUUAUUCCACAAACAUUCAGAGGAAGACAACAUUUCUCACAACAAGACUAAACUAGCAAAAAUUGUUGUUGAAUGCAGAAAAGAAGGAAUUGUCAAUUAUACGACUCCAGAAUGCCUGGACCAGCCCUCAGGGCCACCAAAAUGGGAGAGAUGCAGAUUGCAACUGGUUAAAGCGACUGGAGGUUAUAUGUUGGAGUUUUAUUCCCCUCCAAAGAACCCUAAGCCUAGAAGUGGGGUAUUUUGUGCCCUAAUAAUUGAAGCACGAGAGACCACUGCCUUAGAAAUGCCAGAUCAUGAAAACACUUUUGUUUUAAAAGCUAGUAAUAAUAUGGAGUUUGUCAUUGAAGCACAUGAUACUGAUGAUAUGAGGUCGUGGUUGGCCACCAUAAGGUAUUGUAUGAGCAGAAACUCCAUAGAACACACCACUGCCACAAUUGACUAUCAAUCGAAUGCCCCGGAUUUGCCCCCCAGGCAUAUGCCAGGGACCAGGGGAGUGGAUAGAUUGUCAAGUAGUUCUAAUUUCGAUAUAUGUCCCAAUCCCGGAGAGACACAUACUAUAGAGUCCGAUAUUGGUCAGACUUUAAAAAAGGAAUUGUGGUUCCAUGGGAUGCUGCCAAGGUCUGAGGCCACCCAGCAAGUAUUACACGAUGGUGCAGCCGGUCAUGGAAGGUUUUUGGUGAGGCAAAGUGAGACCAGAACAGGGGAGUUUGUGUUGACUUUUAAUUUUCAGGGUAGACCAAAGCAUUUAAGGAUGACAAUCAAUGAAAACGGUCAAUGCAGAUUACAACACUAUUGGUUCCAAUCGAUAUACGAGAUGCUGGAAAAUUUUAGGACCCGACCAAUUCCCUUGGAAAGUGGAGGAAAUUCAGAUGUAACAUUAACCGAUUAUAUUCUCAAUCCUAAUGCUAGGCAGCAGCUUCAACACUCCGGGUCGCGGCCUAUUCCGGUGCCUGCGUCCGCUGCCGCGGCAUCUACGCCCAUGAUGCCAAAUCAGGGCGGGGCUGCGCCCACGUCCAAUGGCGCCCCCGAAACCGUGGGCGGUGCGGGGCGACGUGCGCCCAUUCCGGUACCGGAAGUGAGACAAGUAAUAACACACAAUGGGAGCGUAAGAACCCAAGAAGCAGUUCAGGAGCUACAAUCUGAACAAACUCCCAAUAGAGCGGUGGAAAAUCAAUAUAGUUUCGUUUAGGGAGGUGCAAAAAGGGAUGCCGACAUAAUCAAAACUUUUCUGCCAAUAAAUUAGGAAUAGUGUUAUUAUCAGGGUGAUUUAUGAGGCCCUAAAUAAAAAAAAAAUGAUUACCCUGUAUAUGUUUUGGAAGCCAAAAUGUCCAGUUCCUCAAACACACAUUCCUGUAAGGUUUUUUUUUAAAUAAUUCAGGUCUAUUAGAGUAGGAUCGGGUUGGUUAGAAAGAAAUUCUUGUAGAACCAAAGGGUGAACAAGAGCAAUUUGGUCUUACAAGGUUUUUG